AUGGUGGUUACUAUUAUUACACAUUACUUUGUGGAUAGUACGAUGUCAAAGAUUGAUGAAUUGAGGAGCCCCGCCGGGUCGCCGUGGUCGCGCCUGUCGCUGCUGCUGUCGGCGCCCGACGGCGAGCGCACGUGGCGCUGGUCUUACGUGCCGCUCACCGAGCAGUCGCCCCCCGCCCCGCGGCCCCGCGCCGCCUCGCCGGCUUCCGUGGGGGCAGUAGGGCCUUCUGGCCUUGCCCCGCGCCCUCCGCCAAGGCGAUAUCUUCUUCGAGAUGGAUUCGGCAGCUUUUUGUGAUGUUUUACGCCGUAACUUGACAUCUGUUGAUACCUGUGCAGAUCGUUGUGCUGUGUAAUGUUUUCCGUGAUGUUCACGUACAGUUACAUCUCGACAGUGACAUGUCGAUGUCAUAUUCGUGUAAGUUUGUUUUGUGUUUCAGUACCGUCCAUUGUGGUGUCAAGUGCACAUGUACUGUGAAAUUUACAGCUUACUGCCGACAACUCAAAUAAGAGACGGUGCCUUAUGUUCAGCAAAUGAUAUUCAAAAAGACCACAGGACAGUGUUUCAAGUGAUUUAUCGAUGUGUGUGUGUGUGUGUUGUGUGUCGAGCGAAGUGGCUCAGAACGUAGCAUCCGGGAGACCGGGACGAACCCUGCCAUCCUGGCCUGUUUCCUUGGUCAUCCACGGAAGUGCUGAGAUGGUUCUACUGAAACACCACGACUGCAAAACCGGCUAGUCGCUAGUCGAAUUCCUUAACUACGAGUGUGUGAAGUCAAGAAGAUUAAGCGAAUUCUACACAUCGUGGUCACCUGUUUGAGGGACGGACAAAGGACUGCGGGAUUCAACGGCACCGAGGCCAAUUGCCCUUUACGGGACAUUAGUGGCUAAAAACAAAUGUGUUAUGUUCCGCUCAUUGUACUUUUGUGUCCGCCCCAACAAUCGAUGUGCUCGCUGUGUUUGUGCUCGAACGUUCAAAUGUGGUCGGCGAACAGAUAUCAAUGUUUCCGAACACACGUUUCCAUAAGCGAACGAGUUAAUCUGUGUUACCUGAAAAUGCUUUGUUACAGUUCGGGAGCGAACGAAAUCCAGCAGACAGAGUGAGAUCUCUGAUUGGUUACAACCAUCAACAUCCUCCAGCAGAGAUGAGCUCCUUAACACGACUUGAACCUCUUCAGGAGGAAUCUCUCAAAAUCUGAAUUUUAUCUACCUUUGUACAGUUAUUUUUAAUAUAUUAGUUACGUAUU